AGCAGGACUGUGGAAUGUGACGUUGUGGAUUUUUUUUUUUUCUUUUUUUCAGGAUCUCAUCCAACCUAUAUAAAGCCUGGACUUCUCUGUAUGCUCCACUGUUCUAACGCAAUAUGGGACUACUAACGGUUGCCGCUGCUACGGCUCUUGGUGCAGGAGGCGCCGUGGUGGCGGCCCCUGUGGUUUUGGGAGCCAUUGGUUUCACCUCAGUGGGGAUUGCGGCCGGUUCAAUGGCUGCGAGCAUGAUGUCUUCAGCAGCAAUUGCUAAUGGAGGAGGAAUUGCAGUUGGAUCAACUGUAGCUGUUUUACAAUCAGCAGGUAUGGCCGGUUUAGGCACUGCUGCAACAGCAGGAGUGGCCACUGCUGGGGGAACUAUUGCUGGAGCUCUUGGUGGACUUGCAGCCCUUAUUAUUUGAAUCAUCAAUUA